AUGGACGCUGAUACCAAACCUCGUCGACGGCCGUUCCAAGGUUCCUGCCACUGCGGCGCCGUCAAAUACGCCGUGUACCUCACCCUCCCUCGCCAGCCUCACCCCGGCACGCUCGACAGCCCGCCUGUGGACAGAGUCUACCGAUGCAACUGCAAGAUAUGCCACAAGUCCGGCUUCAUGCACAUCCGGCCCCCGGCGCCCGCCGACGACUUUGCGCUUCUGGCGCCCGCCGACGACCCAUUCGCGAGCCUCGGCGACUACCAGUGCCACGACAGGCAGCUGCACUUCCUCUUCUGUCGAGGCUGCGGCGUCCGCUGCUUCAUCUUCAUGGGCGACGGGCACGUUGUCGAUGCGCAGCCGGGCGAGUUUGGGCUCGUUGCCGGCCAGGAGGUGUGGCGACCGAAAGGGCAGCAGGCAGGGGCCAACGCGUGGCGGACGGGGUGCUACUUGAGCGUCAAUGCUCAUACGAUUGAUGCCGGGCAGGAGGGGUUCGACAUGCGGGAAUGGGUCGAGAACGAAUCGGUCAUGUACUAUGAUUUCUUGACGGAUGAGGAACCCAAGCCCGGGCAGUACGGGAAGCCGCAUCCGGGCGGCUGCUAUUAA